AUGACAGCCGACGCUUUUGAUCUCAGACAUACAUGCUGCCGGAAAAGUGACGACAUCUCAGUGGACGAUAUUGUGCACCUGGAUAAGGCAGAGGUCGAUGAGAUCCGGGACGAAGAGCGGCUGUUGCUGCGAGAUUUUGAAAUCUUGGUAGCCGAGGUCAUCGCCGAGUUCGAUGAGAUCGGGCUUUCUAUCAUGGACUUCUUGCAGGGCCCGUGGUAUAAACGCAUGCUGGAAACUCUCUCUCGGCUGGACCCCUACGAUGAAGAGUAUGCAAAGAGAGCUCAAAGCAUGGGGUUGAGACUUGAGAUAAGUGAAAAUGUCCUCGAUCGAGUCUCUCUGCUCGUAGGGUCAAGAGCGGAGUAG